CUUCUUACUUAUCCGGCUCACUCAAUUAUAAAUCAAUCAUUUGAUUCAAGAUUGAGAUUAGAUACAAGGUCGAUUAAUGGUGACGGUUUUGGUGUAGGUUGGUAUGAAUCAAAUCCUAAUGUGUCAUCAACACCAUGUAUAUUUACUUCAAUCACUCCUGCUUGGAAUAAUCAAAAUUUAAAAAGACUUGCUGAAAAAAUUCAAAGUUCUUUGGUGUUCGCUCAUGUUAGAGCUUCUACAUCCGGUGCUUUGUCUGAAACUAAUUGUCAUCCUUGGCAAUUUGGUCGUUUAAUGUGGAUGCAUAAUGGUCAUAUCGCUAAUUUUAAUAAGUUUAAAAGAAAAUUACAACAAUCUUUAAGAGAAGAUCUAUUUUUAUUUGUUCAAGGAAAUACCGAUUCCGAGUGGGCUUUUGCAUUAUUUCUUAAUCAACUUGAAGACCCAAACAAUGGUCAAUUUGAUCAUGAAACUUUAAAAAUUGCAAUGUUAAAAACUAUUGAUCAAUUAAAUAAUUGGGCUGAAGAAGCUGAAAUUAAUGAGCCAUCCUUAUUAAAUUUUGCUGUAACUGAUGGUAAUACAGUGAUAUGUACCAGAUAUAUUAGUAGUAAAACUCAAGAGGCUGCUUCUUUAUAUUUUUCUUCCGGAACAAAAUUUACUGAAUAUAAAUCUGGUCAUUAUAAAAUGACAAAAUCAGAUAAACGUGAAGAUAUUGUUGUUGUGGCAUCAGAGCCACUAACAUUUGAAAAAGCAGAUUGGUUAACUAUUCCAACAAAUACUUGUUUCGUCAUCACUUCAAAUUUAAACGUUUUACAGUUUCCAAUUAAAGAUAAAUUUUAUAAUGUUAAUAGAUUAAAAAAAAAGU